GUCCACCCCUAAUCCUUGAGAAACUGUUGAAUUUACAUAGUAAUAAAUAGUAUUGCCAUUUGCUAUUUAAUGAUUUAAAUUGUGUUUUAUGUAAUUUGUUGCUUUCCCUCUGCUUAUUUGUCAGACUAUUUGAACCUCACCAAAUGAAAAAGUUAAGUACUUUGUGCAAACGACCAUGAAAAUAGUUGGUUGAUAAACCUUUUGCCAAUCAAACCCAAUUUCUGGUUUGCCUUGGUGGAUUCCCAGCGUGGAGAUCUCUUCAUUGUUCACUCGUCUCUAUAAAAGUGUUUUCAUACCGCUUUUAGGAUCACUUUUUAUUUUGUUUUUGUUCAAAAUUACAUUCUUAUAAUUCAGGAUGAGUUCAACCAUUGGUAAGCCUAUCAAAUGUAAAGCUGCUGUUGCUUGGGCAGCAAAUGAACCGUUGAGCAUUGAAGAAAUAACCGUUGACCCACCCAAAGCUGGUGAGGUUAGGGUUAAAAUAGUUGCUUCUGGUGUUUGUCAUACUGAUUAUUACACUCUAUCUGGUUUGGAUCCAGAGGGAAAAUUUCCAUGUAUCAUGGGGCAUGAAGGAGCAGGUAUCGUUGAGAGUGUUGGUGAGGGUGUAACAAGUUUGUCUCCUGGUGAUUAUGUAGUUCCGUUAUAUACUCCACAAUGUCGAGAAUGUAAAUUUUGCAAGAACCCAAAGACCAAUUUAUGUCAAAAAAUUCGUCUGACCCAAGGACAAGGGGUUAUGCCUGAUGGUACCUCUCGAUUUUCCUGUAACGGUGUUACCGUUUUCCACUUCAUGGGAACUUCUUGCUUCAGCCAAUACACUGUCUUACCAGAAAUUUCUUGUGCUAAAAUCAGUAAAGAUGCUCCUUUAGAUAAAGUUGGUCUCUUAGGCUGUGGUAUUCCCACUGGGUAUGGAGCAGUUUUAAAUACUGCCAACGUUGAACCGGGAAGUAUUUGUGCUGUGUGGGGUCUUGGUGCAGUUGGUCUAGCUGUGGGUCUUGGUUGUCAAGCUAGAAAAGCCUCUCGAGUUAUUGGAAUUGAUAUCAAUCCUGAUAAGUUUGAACCUGCAAGAUCAUUCGGUUUCACUGAGUUUGUUAAUCCAAAUGAUUAUCCUGAUAAAACUAUUCAAGAAGUGCUUUUCAACUUGACUGAUGGAGGUCCUGACUACACAUUUGAAUGUAUAGGAAAUGUUCACACCAUGAGAGCAGCAUUUGAAUCAGCCCACAAAGGUUGGGGCGUUUCCGUAAUAAUUGGUGUUGCAGCAGCAGGUAAGGAAAUCAGUACCAGACCCUUCCAAUUGGUUACCGGACGAACAUGGAAAGGAACUGCCUUUGGAGGUUGGAAAAGUCGAGAUGCUGUUCCAAAAUUGGUUGAAGAUUACCUUGCUGGCUCAUUGAAGGUAGAUGAAUUCAUUACCAGAGAGUUACCAUUCGAAGAAAUAAAUGAAGCAUUUAAUCUGAUGAAAGAAGGCAAAGUUCUGAGAGCUAUGGUCAGGUUGGAUUGAACAUCAUUAUAAAAAAUACUUUUAAAUAUUUUAUCCAAAUAAAUUUUCCUUCAUUAACAAAACGUGAAUUUAAUAAAUAUCCGAUACCUAA